AGCGCUAACAGCUGCUCCUUGCCAAGGGAGGGGGGGGGGGAAAGCGGCUGCCACCCAGCGAAAUGGUUGAUGUCACAUCGGGGCUGGAGACCCCGGACGCGGGGGCCCUCUACCUCCCUCAGCAGACCCAGCUCAUGGUCUACAAGAUCAACACCAAAAUUAACAAUGAAAAAUAUCUGCGGGCUCACACCGAAAUUGAGGUUCUGCUCUCCGGAUUCCUCAGAGACGUCUUGAUGAAAAGGCCGGAGAAUAUCCGAGAAUUUGCAGCAGACUAUUUCACCAACCCGGAGCUGCCGAAAAAGAUCCAGCAACAGAUGAUGGAGAAGCUAAACCAGGCAACUUAAGCGCCUUUGGCUUUGAAAAAUGCAAAUACCCCAAUUAUUAUAUUUCUUGCAAAAUCUUUCUUUUUCCACCGGUUGUUAAUAAAAACUCACAAAAUGCAUGAAAACGGCUUGUUUUUCUCCCCGCUCACGUAGGGGAAUGAAACGCGUGGGCAACCCCGGGCGCGGUUGCACCCUGUACAGGCAGUCCUCGACUUACGACGGUUCACUUAGUGACGGCUCAAAGCUACAGCGUCGCCGAAGAGACUUAGGGCCUGUUUCCCCCACACACACACUUAUGACCGUUGCGGCAGCGUGAUCAAAAUCUAGACGUUCGGCAACUGACUCGCACUUACGACGGUUGCCGGGGUAUCCCCCUUUUGCGACCUUCUGACCGGCGAUAUCAAGGGGGAAAUCGGAUGCUGCGUUAGCAGUGAUUCACUUAACGUCAAAGUCGUAACAUGGGGGGCGAAACUCACUUAACGAUUUAUUCAGCAACGGAAAUGUGGCCGUUAAGCCG